AUGUCUGACGAAACUAAACCUGUUGAAACACCAAAAGUUGAAGAAAAAUCAGCAACCACUCAAAACCCUCCAACUUCAAACGUUUUCUCCAUGUUUGGUGGUGGCGCUAAAAAGAAGGAACAACCAAAAGAUGAAGAUAAAGAUGAAGAAAAAUCAAAAGAUGAUGAAAAAUCAAAAGAUGAAAAAAAAGAUGAUGAUGAAGCUGAUGAAACUGAACCAAAUGUUGAUUUCAAACCUUUAGUUCAUUUAGAAAAAGUUGAAGUUAAAACUAAUGAAGAAGAUGAAGAAGUUUUAUUUAAAGUUCGUGCUAAAUUAUUUAAAUUUUUUGCUGAUUCAAAAGAAUGGAAAGAAAGAGGUACUGGUGAUGUUAAAUUUUUAAAACAUAAAACUACAAAUAAAGUUCGUUUAUUAAUGAGAAGAGAUAAAACUUUAAAAGUUUGUGCUAAUCAUUUCAUUUCUGCUGAUUAUGAAUUAAAACCAAAUGUUGGUUCUGAUAGAUCAUGGGUUUAUAACGUUACUGCUGAUGUUUCAGAAGGUGAACCUGAAGCUGCAACUUUAGCUAUUAGAUUUGGUAAUAAAGAAAAUGCUGAUAAUUUUAAAGCUGAAUUUGAAAAAGCUCAAGAAUUAAACAAAAAAAAAUAA